UAAUUAGUCUUUAGCGCCAGUCUGCAGAACGGUGAAAUGUUGAAUCAGCACCGAACCCUCAUAUCACCGCUAAGUCCCAUUUCUCUCUAUUUCCGCCACUUCGCCGCUCUUCCCCCACCACUUCCGCUGUUACAGAAACCACCGGACCCCGCCGCAAUCUCCAACCUUAUACUUCAAUCCAGCCCAGAAUCAUUAUCAGAUACCCUUCAAACCCUCACGCAAUGGACACCGGACCUCGUCCAAGCUGUACUAAAGCAUCUAUGGAACCACGGCCCGAAAGCCCUCCAAUUUUUCAACCUCCUCGAUCACCACCGUUCAUAUACUCACUCUGCUACAGCCUUCGACCAUGCUAUUGACAUCGCUGCUCGGAUGCGCGAUUACAAAACCCUGUGGAAACUCGUGACCCGAAUGCAGUCUCGGCGGCUCGGCCCGAACCCGAAGACAUUCGCUAUCAUCACUGAGAGGUAUGUUUCCGCUGGUAAAGCUGACAAAGCUGUGAAUGUUUUCCUGUCUAUGCAUAAACAUGGUUGCCCUCAGGAUUUGAAUUCUUUUAAUGCAUUUCUCGACGUGCUAUGCAAAUCAAAACGGGCCGAGAUGGCUCUUAAGCUGUUCAAGAUGUUUAGGAGCAGGUUCAAAGCUGACACAAUUAGUUAUAAUACACUUGCGAAUGGGUUUUGUUUAAUUAAGCGGACACCCAAAGCACAAGAAAUUUUGAAAGAAAUGGUGGAGAGAGGUCUGAAUCCGACCAUAACCACAUAUAAUAUUAUGCUUAAUGGGUUCUUUAGAGCAGGACAGAUUAAGGAAGCUUGGGAAUUCUUUUUGCAGAUGAAGAAAAGGAAAUGUGAUAUUGAUGUUGUGACUUACACUACUUUAGUUCACGGGUUUGGUGUUGCGGGUGAGGUUGAGAAGGCUCAAAAGUUGUUCAAUGAGAUGGUGGGGGCUGGUAUACUUCCCUCUGUUGCAACUUAUAAUGCUCUGAUACAAGUUAUGUGUAAGAAAGAUAGUGUGGAAAAUGCUAUUUUAGUGUUCAAUGAGAUGUUGAGGAAAGGUUAUUUGCCGAAUGUCACAACUUAUAACGCCAUUAUCAGGGGACUGUGCCAUGUCAGUAAAAUGGACAAUGCUAUGGAGUAUAUGGAUAAGAUGAAAGAGGAUGGGUGUGAACCAAAUGUUCAGACUUAUAAUGUUGUCAUCCGAUACUAUUGUGAUGAAGGGGAAAUUGAGAAGAGCCUGAGGGUAUUUGAGAGGAUGAGUAACGGGGAUUGUUUACCUAAUUUGGAUACAUACAAUAUCUUGAUAAGUGCAAUGUUUGUGAGGAAAAAAUCAGAUGAUUUGUUAGUGGCUGGGAAAUUAUUGACAGAAAUGGUUGACAGAGGAUUUCUUCCUCGAAAAUUUACCUUCAACCGGGUCCUAAAUGGUCUUUUGCUUACUGGUAAUCAAGAUUUUGCAAAGGAGAUUUUGAGGUUGGUAAGCAAAUGUGUCCGUGUCCCUUGCCAUUUUAAAUUGUGAGCACAACAGGUAGGUAUGAUACCAAACUGACUGCUCUUUUGAAGCCUAAUGAAACAGUAAAGGUCUAACUCGGAGAUGGGUUUGUCACUUGCCGCGAAAUUCAAUUUUGCAGUGAAGAAUUUGAGAUGAAAAUGACUUAAAAGGCAUGCCAUUAUCUUCAUGCAGCAGCUCAUGAGCAUGUUGUCGCUUCUCAUGAAAUUCAAUCUUGGAGUGUGGUGAGAUGUGGACAAGUAUGAUGAACGUGAAGAAUUUGAGACGAAAAUGACUCGAAAAGCACGCAAUGAUCUUUAUAUAACAGCUCAUGAGCACAGAGACUUGGCAUUUAAAGGAAUUGUGUUGUUUAGCAGGAGGCUCUGACUGUGGCCCAUGACUUGAAGGAGGUGCAUCUCAAAGUGUACAGCAGAGAAGAAACCGGCAGCAACAGAGGAGAAAGAAGCUGAAAAAGCCCCAGCAGAGAAGAAGUUACCAAAGGAAGCAGGUGCAGCUGCUGCUGACAAGAAGAAGAAGAGGGUAAAGAAGACUCUGCUAGAGGCUACAGGCCACUGGCUGGGAAAUUAUUGACCGAGGAUUCUUCCUCGAAAAUUUACCUUCAACUGGGUACUAAAUGGUGUUAAUCAAGAUUCUGCAGAGGAGAAACUUUGAGACGUGUAGUUGCAAGUUAUGCAAAUUGAGGUGCACAAUUUCGUUCAACGAUCACAAAGUGUUCCCAUUUUUUAUUCUACCGGAUAAUUCUCUACUGCUUGUUAUUGAUAUAUACACAACACAAUAAGGACAAUGCCAUUUGAAGUUUAUAGCUUUGA